AAGACUGCGAGAGAGAGAGAGAGAGAGAGAGAGAGAGAGAAAGUCGACAAGUUGAGAACCCCUGUUCUCUCUACCUGGCCAAGCUAGGAGAACGGUAGAGUGUCCUCGUAAAAGCGAGCGAGAAAGGCGAUCGUGUAAAGUUGAAGGGGAUAGACGAUGAACGGGCUAGAGUUCGACGGUGUGGGCCGUUUAAAGAAGGACACCCGAUGUAUAGAGGCACAUAGAGAGGGAGAUAGAGAGAAGGCAUUGUACUCCUCGUCGUCGUCAUCGUCGUCGUCGUUGCCGUCGCUAUCGCCGUCGCCGUCGCCGUCGCCGUCGUCGUCGUCGUCGCCGUCGCCGUUGCCGUCGUCGUCGUCGUCGUCGUCGUCGUCGUCGUCGUCGUCGUCGUCGUCGUCGUGGUGGUGUUGGGGCCGUUUCCAGGUGCCAGCGAGGAGGGCACACGCAGUCGGUGCUCGUCACGAGCCAGCAACCGUCGUCCUCCGUGCCACACCGUCCUCUCUUCUUCUCCAAACGUGUGCGUGUUCCAUCUCGUUCUCUCUCUCUCUCUCUCUUCCUCUCCCUCUCCCUCUCUCUUUCUCUCUCUGUCUUUCGUACGAUGAGUCAAGAAGAAGGAAACGUCUCUUUCUCAGAGAGGACAAACGCCCGACGCUGAAGUCCCUCUCUCUCUCUCUCUCUCUCUCUCUCAUGAAUACGAAGAAUCGUGGGAAAGAGAGAGAUCGGUAUAUACAGAAAGAGAGUGAGUCGGAGUUUAAGAAGAAAAGAGAAAGACUCAUCGACAGAGCUGCACUGCGGCUAUACCCUCCUCUCUUUCUUUCGCUCCCUUCUAGCCGACGACUCUCAGUCGGCGAGUAGUCGCUUUGCGAGUCGUAGUCCCUCAUUCUCUUUCUUUCCUUCUUUGUCAUGACUCCUCUCCGUAGAGAGGAGGAGGAGACAUAGAAAAGUUCCUUUACGUUUACAUUCUUCUCGGUGCAAAGCGAGGACGCUACUUCGUAAAGUGCACCGCGCGUGUGGGUCGGCCGGACGAAAGGAAAUCGAGAGAAAGAGAGUGGGAGAGAAAGGAAGAAGAGAGGGGCAAGAGGAGGAGGAGGAGGAGGAGGAAGAGGAGGAGAAGAGAGAGAGAGAGAGAGAGAAAGACAGAAAGAAAGAGAGAAAGAGAGAUGAGCACGCUCUCCUACAGUCGCGCAAACGAAAGCCGAAUGUGUACGGGACAGCGAGCGUGUCACGGACGAGAUGUAAAGCUUCCCGCGAUCGAAGUACGGUGCUGUUAAAGCUGCGUUUCCAUCGGCAUUUAAAAUCGACCAAGAAAGAACUGCCAAAAACUGGAGCCCGUCAAGACUAAGAUGGCUGGGCCAGGGACGGCCUCAGCCGGAGUUGGAGGCGGAGGAGGUGGUCAACAAGUAACAGCGGCCUCGAAUCUCCCUGCUAACGCUUUGCUAAGCUACAAGAGGACCUGGUGGCGAAGAGUGGCCCCCUGCUUGGCUUUUCUGGCAGCUUUUUCAACCGCUAUGGCGUUACUUCUUGUUUGGAGCGAAGCUGCUGCAUUGAGAAGGCAAGCCUUCGACGCGAACAUGACGAGGGACUACGUACUUUACAGCGUCUCCAUGGACAAUCCUCAGCUGAUCGCUUACAUACGCGAGGUUCAUUUUAAACCAACGACUCAUCAAGAGUUCUUAAACGCUACGCAAACCUCCGAGGAGAAGUACGUUGCGAGUUUGACGCAAAAUAAACGCGAGGGUGUCUACAUCGAAUAUAUCAGCAGGAUAGGAGCAAUGUCCAGUACAGCCUGGCUCGAUUCGAAUUUGAAUUGGAGAGGCGUCUUGAUCCUUACAGAUCCUAGAAGCUUCUUCGAGGCUCAAAAAAGCAGUCGUAAUUCAAAAACGAGAGUACUUCAUUCUUGCUUGAGUACCGACAAAGUCAUAAAAGAAAUAACGUAUCAUCAGGAAUCCGAGGUCCAAGUUACCAAAUUAGGCGAAGGACCGAACAGUCUUGUGUCGUCGGACGAGAGUUUGCCGACGACCAGGUUGAAAUGUUUUCCUCUUUACAGUGUACUGUUGGCUUACAACGUCACAACUUUAGAUUACUUGAGUCUCGACAGUCCGGAUAUUCAAGAUGGACAGGUACUAGACACGAUCCCUUGGGAAAUCAUAAGGAUAUCUGUUCUUUCUAUACGUUGGAGUACGCAUCAUAGCACGACGGAAACGAAGAAUCUCAUCGACAAGCUCAAUAGCAGGAGAUAUAAACUCGUCGAAACGACGGACACUGGAAAAAGGAUAUUUAUUUACAGCACUCUCUUAAAGAUCUAAUUCGUCCGAAUUAGAAAAUAUCGUCGUGGAUCGAUCAUGGACGUAAGGAGAAAGAGAAAGAAAGAAACAGACGACUCUUGCCUUUCCAAAGUCCACGAACUUAUCGUAGAUCCUUAAAAUUUCGUCUGAUUUUGUUUUUUCUUUCUUUCUUUCUUUUCUCCGUCUCCGCAAAGAGACGUACUAUGGGUACUUAAAAUCAAGGAUCGAACGUCGUCGAGCAGUCCCGAUUUUUACAUUCGUUAGAAAUGUCCAAAUUUAACGAUCGUCACAUCUUAUUUUCGAUUCUCGCGCGACGAAAUUAAGCUCGCAAUGACGAUGACGAUAACGACAAUGACGAUGACAACGAUGACGAUGACGACGACGAUGACGACGACGACGACGACGAAAACAGCGACAAUGACGAUUUCGAUCUCGUUCGUUUAUGUCGGAUACAUUACUCUUUGCGAUUUAAUCGAUUUAAUCUUUUUUCGUUUUUCCCUUUUCAUCGAUUGUACACCGUAUCGUAUUUAACAACGACGAUCAAAAGCGAGUGAAAGAGAUUAGGAUUUUAUUUUCCGUCCAUGCGAACGUUACACAUGACAAAGACUGAGCUGAUCGAGCUUAAUCGCGAGAGUUAUCAGAGGAAGAAGGAUCGAACGAAUACGCGAUGCCUUAUUUACUUAUUUACAUGCAUACACACAUGCAAACACACACACACACAAAUACACACACACACACACACACAGAGUAUGCAAACCAAAAAGCUACGAGAAAUAGUGACAUUUACUUUCGUACGAUUUUACAUUAUAAGUUCAUUUUUAAUCUAAUUAUAAGCUAAGUUAUAUAACAAACCACCGAACGUUUUACGAUGGAAAGCGUGUAUUUUAUUUUCUUUUUUUUUCUUUUUUUUUCUUCUCCCUUUAUUGCGGAGAACUCGUUGCGUCGAUGAGGUGAGAUGAAUGCAAGAGAAUGUAUAUGUAUGCGAGAGAGAGAGAGAGAGAGCGAGAGCGAGAGCGAGAGAGAGAAAGAGAGAGAAAGAGUACCUCUACAGAGAUAAUCCGGUGAGAUACUCCCGAAUACCUAAAGUACGGGCCUUACUAGAAUGUAAGAUGAUAUUUGAUAAGGAUAAUUUAGAAUGUUUUACAGCGUAGCAAAGAUAUCGGCUAAAGAAACGAGACGAAGAUCUCUUUGAUUAGAGAAAAACAAUAUCGAUCGAAUGGCGAGCUUCGAGAUACGAGUAAAAAUUUAGAACUUUCGUCAAACGAGUUAAGUAUCAAUCGAUUUUUAUGAAUAUAAAAAUAAAUUGAAUGUACGACGUUUAAUCUGAAAAAAUAUUGGAAAGAAAUAUCAGAAACGAUCAUCGAUAUCGAUAUUUCUUCUUGCUACUGUAUUUUGCGAAGCUCACGUAGGCCAUUCGCACGAUGUAUUUAUUCGAAGAGCCCGUGUUAUCCUUCGUAGAUCAUUCCAGGACUCGCCUAAAUCGAGACUCGCACAUUUUUGCUACUAUAUUACUUAUCUAUGUACGUAUGUACUCUGGUCCUCGUCUAAAAGACGUCUUACGUUACAUUUUUCCGCCCUUCUCCCUUUUCCCUCCCCUUCCUUCUCUCCCUUCUUCUCAUCCUGUGACCACUCGAUCUUGUGCCUUUUUCUUCGUUUCUUCUAUUCGUAUAUUUUUUUUUUCUUUUUUAUCAUACAUAUUAUUGAUAACGUACGUGUAAGUUGUAUUAUUGACGUCGAGUAAGUUUUUUUUGUACCUUUGCUUUACAAGAGAGCGUCGAUUCCUUUUGAGAGCAAUAAAUAGGAAAUAUAUUUUGAAUCACGCUUACGAAUCUUUCAUUCAUUUGUAAAAUCCCCAAUAUGUAUUGUACAUUUCCGCUUGAAUCGCGAUAUCCAAGUUCGUGCAUUCGUUGAUAUUCUAUUUGAAAUAAAAUCGAUCGUCGUUCAAAGCUCUAAUCGCUAAACAAAUCUUGUAGCUCGUUCGUUAUUGGCUUUGAAGUUGUGAUAACGAAGCGACUGCUUUCAUAGAAAGAAAAAGAGAGGGAGAGAGAGAGAGAGAGAGAAAGAGAGCAAGUGGAGUACCUCGUUUUUCUUUAUUUUCCUUUUCCAUUUUUUCCUUCGUAAUUUUUUGCUAACCGAGCAAGCAUUACUCUUUUUUCGUUCGUAACUCGCUUUAAUAAAUCAGAUAACGAACGUACGAAGAGUGAUAUCGAUCGCCAAUGAAAUAUUUAUCAUAAAUGAUUUAUUGAUAAAUGAGCUUUCAUUGCUAUUAUCGAAUGAUCAUAAACGACGAUAUUACUGGCGAUCGUUUAUAAAAAUUUAUUUCACUCAUUCAUUCAAAUUUUUAUUCGACCUGCACGUGGCUUUGAUGGUUCCUAAUAAAGAUAGCCCUUUCGAUCGAGAAUAGAUCGAGACGAACUGUCGUAUUUUAUAAAGGAUGCUUUGAAUAAAAAAUAGUCAUUCCUUCUUCUAGACGGACUUCUACGAAGCCGACUGAAAAGGGAUCGUUUAAAGCGCUUUAAAUAUUUGCGAUCUGUGUUAUUAUCGUAACGAGUCGGUACGUCAAUUUGAAUGAUCAUUCCUGAUAACGAAGCGUCAACGUGCCAGUCUCAAGACAGUUGAGUGAGAUGUUAACGAGGAUCGACGUUUUCGUUUAUCGUUCUCGCACAAUCGUUUCCGUGUAUUCCAAACGAUAGAUAUAUCUUUAUGUAAUUAGAAUAAAACGUUGCAUACGAUCUGAACGAAAGGAGAUCUAUUUGAAUUAGACUAAUGUGUCAUAGACUCGAGAAAAAAACUGACUCGAGCGACAAACGUAAUUUAUCAUUCUCAAUGAAGUACAUAUAUAGGAAUUGUCACAAGACUUGUAAAAAAUUGUAAAAAAAAAAAAUAAAAAACAAAAAAGACGAAUUUAAAAGAACGAUUAAAAGGUUCGUUUUCUACCAGAAA